AUGUUCAGGAACAACUUAUUGAGAUCAUUCAGAUUUGCUCACAGACCAUUAUUCACAUCAUCAUCAACUAAACUUAUAACCUCCAGAUCCAUUAUGCCAUCAGUUGCACAAUUGCCACUCAAACAACAACAACAACAACAACAAGUUCACCUCAAUCUUGUUCGUUCGUAUGCUGGAUUUCCAUCUUUGACCAGAGAUGUAGCCAAGGAAAGAAUUGUGGAAUUGUUAGAGGGUUUUGAUAAAGUAGACACUGCGAAAGCUGGUGAAAUUACCGAAUCAGCUAGUUUCGUUCAAGACUUGGGGUUGGAUUCAUUGGACGUAGUUGAAGUUGUUAUGGAAUUGGAACAUGAAUUCAAUAUACAAAUACCUGAUAAUGAGGCUGAUUCGUUAAAAACUGUCGGUCAAGCUAUCGAUUAUAUUAUGGCACAACCAGAUGCGUGUUAG